AUGUUAAGCCAAUAUUCAAUAAUAUAUAAGAGAGCUAUUGUUAUCAAUAGACAUCUUUCAACUAGCUCAAUAAUCAGAUUUGAAAAUAAGAAUAAUUUUUUAAAUCAACUUCAAGAUAAUGAAAUAAGUGCCCCAUCUAAAUUAGCUCUGGAAUCAACAUUACCAAAAGUUCCUCAAGUUUCAAAUUCCAAGAAGCCCCCACGUAAACCAACUGCUAAAUCUCCUUUCAAGUCCUCAAAUAAAAUCGAAAAUGACCCAAAUUUUCAUAUGGUUCAAUGGAAACAAAACAUUGGUCAGUGGAUUGUCAAAGCCUUUAAGAUAGAUAUGGAUCGUUCUAGAGCAGGACCUGUUGCCGGUUCAGAAUAUUUUGGAGAAUGUAAAAGACAAGGUAUGCACUAUCCAAAUGAACCUCUUUCCAAUACAGCUAAAUUUUAUUACGAAACGUUAAAUUUACCACAAUCCUUUGCACAACACUUUCAAAUUACUGCAUUACAUUAUUGGAUUUUAUCCGUGAGAAUGAGAGCUAUGCCUUUUAAAUAUGGAAGAAACUAUCAGCAGAAAUUGGUGGAUAGAAUUUUCAGCGACAUGGAAUUGAGAAUGUCUGAAGAAUUGAAAAUCAACUCCAAUAGAAUUAUCGAGGGAUAUUUGAAGGAUUUCCACACUCAGUUGUUGGGUUCAGUGUUGUCUUAUGACGAAGGUUUGAUGACUGACGAUAUCACUUUGGCAAGUGCAUUGUGGAGAAAUGUCUUUAAUGGUAACCCGAAUGCAGAUAUGAGACAUAUUGAGGCAUUACUUGAAUACGUGAGAUCUCAAUUAUACGUGUUAAACAAAAUGAGUGACAGAGAAUUUGGUUUUGGAAACUUCAAAUUUGUUGCCCCAGACGAGGUUGUUAAACCAUUAACUGAAGCGCAAGAAGAAGAGUUGAGAGUUAAGGCUAAGGAAGAAUUUGCUAACAAAACAUUACCCUCGCAACAAAGUGUUUUAUCGCUCGACGAAUAA